GCGGCCGCUGAGGGGCUGGGAGUCGCGGCGGGGCGGCGCGAGGGCGGGCCGGGGCCGGUUCCGCGCGCAGGGAUUUUAAAUGUCCCGCUCUGAGCCGGGCGCAGGAGCAGCCGGCGCGGCCGCCAGCGCGGUGUAGGGGGCAGGCGCGGAUCCCGCCACCGCCGCGCGCUCUGCCUGCCGACUCCCGCCGCCGCCGCCUGCCGGGACUGGAGCGCGCCGCCCGCCGUGGACAAGACCCUGGCCUCAGGCCGGAGCAGCCCCAUCAUGCCGAGGGAGCGCAGGGAGCGGGAUGCGAAGGAGCGGGACACCAUGAAGGAGGACGGCGGCGCAGAGUUCUCGGCUCGCUCCAGGAAGAGGAAGGCAAACGUGGCCGUUUUUUUGCAGGAUCCAGAUGAAGAAAUGGCCAAAAUCGACAGGACGGCGAGGGACCAGUGUGGGAGCCAGCCUUGGGACAAUAAUACGGUCUGUGCAGACCCCUGCUCCCUGAUCCCCACACCUGACAAAGAAGAAGAUGAGCGGGUUUACCCAAACUCAUCGUGCAAGCCUCGGAUUAUUGCACCAUCCAGAGGCUCCCCGCUGCCUGUACUGAGCUGGGCCAAUAGAGAGGAAGUCUGGAAAAUCAUGUUAAACAAGGAAAAGACAUACUUAAGGGAUCAGCACUUUCUUGAGCAACACCCUCUUCUGCAGCCAAAAAUGCGAGCAAUUCUUCUGGAUUGGUUAAUGGAGGUGUGUGAAGUCUAUAAACUUCAUAGGGAGACCUUUUACUUGGCACAGGAUUUCUUUGACCGGUAUAUGGCGACACAAGAAAAUGUUGUAAAAACUCUUUUACAGCUUAUUGGGAUUUCAUCUUUAUUUAUUGCAGCCAAACUUGAGGAAAUCUAUCCUCCAAAGUUGCACCAGUUUGCGUAUGUGACAGAUGGAGCUUGUUCAGGAGAUGAAAUUCUCACCAUGGAAUUAAUGAUUAUGAAGGCCCUUAAGUGGCGUUUAAGUCCCCUGACUAUUGUGUCCUGGCUGAAUGUAUACAUGCAGGUUGCAUAUCUAAAUGACUUACAUGAAGUGCUACUGCCGCAGUAUCCCCAGCAAAUCUUUAUACAGAUUGCAGAGCUGUUGGAUCUCUGUGUCCUGGAUGUUGACUGCCUCGAAUUUCCUUAUGGUAUACUUGCUGCUUCAGCCUUGUAUCAUUUCUCUUCAUCUGAAUUGAUGCAAAAGGUUUCAGGGUAUCAGUGGUGCGACAUAGAGAACUGUGUCAAGUGGAUGGUUCCAUUUGCCAUGGUUAUAAGGGAGACGGGGAGCUCAAAACUGAAGCACUUCAGGGGCGUUGCUGAUGAAGAUGCACACAACAUACAGACCCACAGAGACAGCUUGGAUUUGCUGGACAAAGCCCGAGCAAAGAAAGCCAUGUUGUCUGAACAAAAUAGGGCUUCUCCUCUCCCCAGUGGGCUCCUCACCCCGCCACAGAGCAGUAAGAAGCAGAGCAGCGAGCCAGAAAUGGCGUGACCACCCCAUCCUUCUCCACCAAAGACAGUCACACGGAAGCGCCUGCUCCACGUUCUCUUCUGUCUGUUGCAGCAGAGGCGUGCAUUUGCUUUUACAGAUAUCUAAAUGGAAGAGUGUUUCUUCCACAACAGAAGUAUUUCUGUGGAUGGCAUCGAACAGGGCAAAGUGUUUUUUAUUGAAUGCUUAUAGAUUUUUUUAAAAUAAGUGGGUCAAGUACACCAGCCACCUCCAGACACCAGUGCGUGCUCCCAAUGCUGCUAUGGAAGGUGCUACUUGACCUGAGGGACUCACAUAACAACAAAGGCUUGAAGCUGUGGAGGGCCACAGUGGCGUGGCUCUCCCCGCGGGUGUUCUGGGCUGCAUUGUACCAAGUGGAGCAGGUGGUUGCGGGCAAAUGUUGUGCAGAGCCCACAACCAGCUAGGCAGGGGGUUGCUGUCUCCACAUUAUCAGUUGACAGUGUACAAUGCCUUUGAAUGAACUCUGUUUUGUAAGUGCUGCUAUAUCUAUCCGUUUUUUAAUAAAGAUAAUACUGUCUUUGAGACAGCUGG